AUGCACCCGAUGCCAUCGUCCAUGUUGCGUCGUAUCGUGCAACAGAGCAGGUGCUGGGGAGCCGCCUCCGCGCGGGUUGGCUGGACGCGAAGUUACGCGAUCCGUGCGACAACGGCGCAACCGGUUGACACUUCGAAAGCCCGCAUCGUUGCACCUUCUUCACUAUCGUUUCAUUACAGUUUAAGGAAGAGUCUUCGUAGACUUCGAGAGACACUGAGCGACCCGAAGGCGAAGCUGGAGCUGAGCUCGGCGGAUAAGGACGCCAUAAUAGUGGAGUUGCUGGCCGUUGCGAAACGCAGCGGGAUGGAAGUGACGGAAGCCUGGCUUCGGGAGAAUAUUCCUAUCGCGGACUCGUACACGCUCGAAGAGAUACAACGCUUACUUGAAACCCCCAUGAUCAAGUAA